CAGUUUCAGUUGGCCGAUGGUGCGCUUACAAAACGCCGGUUCUCGGCGGACGCGUUCGCUUUCGCGCUCCUCGAAACCCCCUCACCUUCCCCCUCCCCCAUCUACACCCACAUACUUUUUUAUUGGAGGGCGGUAAAAGUGCAACAAGAAAGGAAAGUGCAGCAGGGGGGCGUGGCGGGGUCAGCUGGCAGUUGGCAGCACUCUGGAGCGAACUUUGGCAAUUGGCUGGCGUUAUUUUUGGAUUAAGCAGCGCCAAAUUGUUACAUACGAACGAACAACGACCGACAAUUAACGAUUAACAUUAAGUCCAACUGAAGUAGGGGAAAGUGCUUAGGAUUCUUUUUUUUUCAAAUCGCCCACUUACCGCCAGCAAAGAAGAACAAACAAAAGAAGACCGAUAAGCGGAAUUCAGUCGAGCAGAAAAUUUUAAAAAAUAUUUUUUAUCAACAAUAUUUUUUUGAAAAACUUUCGAAGACAUCCGAAGAAGUGCAAGCACAUACACACACAGAAGCGAGCUUCCAGGCAAACAAAAGUCAGCCAAGGAGGAACCGAAGUUAAACAUUUGAAAGGAGCAACUUGAGUCCGCAGGAAGAAGCAGUCCAGAAAGGAUACGCACACACACACACACACAUACAAAAUGGCCGCCCUACAACGGAAGCUGGUGCACAAGCAGUUCAACUCGCCCAUGGGCCUCUAUUCCCAGGAGAACGUGAAGGCCACCUUGAACCGCGAGCUGAAAGCCUUCGGCGGCGAGGGGAUUGAAGUCGACGACCAAAUCUCGAAGCCCCUGAACUUGGCCAACUCGGCCGUUCUGCGCGCCGUCGAAGAGGAAGAACAACAAGCCAAAUCUGGCUAUAAGCGUGUGGCCUGGCCACCGGCCUCGGAGGAGCGGAUCAUCCGGGAGUUCACCCCCCAGCCGCAAACCCAAAGUCCAGCCCCGGGAGCCGGAGGCUACUAUCCGCAGGCCCACGCCCCCUCACCUGCUGCUGCCCCACCACAGGGUCCCAUUUAUAACAACGUCCAGCCACGCACCGCCCAACCACCGCAAAAUGUGUACAACCCACCAUCAACACCACAAGCCACGGCCACUGCCAUAGCGAAUGCCACCCACUUCCCAGAUAGUUACCCACAGCAGGAAGAGCAGCAACCUGUGCAGUACACACAGGCCCAGUUCAAUCGGCAACGCUCGAGGGAACCCGCCCCGGUCCCAGCUCCAUCUCCAGCUCAGUCCAACUACCAGCCCAACUACCAGUCCAACUAUCCGCAGGAAUCGCUGCAGGCCGGCAACAAUGUGGGCGGUGGCUGGAAGCACAUCGGUGCACCGCUGCCCAAGUCGCGCAGCGACUAUACCGCCGCCGGAGGAGCACAUCCUCCGUUCCAGGGAUACCAUCAGCAGCCCCAGCAGCAGCAGCAGUACGGUGCUCCGUCUUACGAUGGCCAGCAGCAGCAGCAACCUGCAACACCGUGGCAACAGCAGCAACAGCAACCGCAGCAACCUGCAGCACCGUGGCAACAGCAGCAGCAACAUCAGCAGGUGCCACAGCAGCAAUAUCAGCCUCAGUCUCAGGCUCAGGCUCCCUAUCAGCCACCACAGUGGAACCAACAGCAGCAGCAGCCAUCGUACCAGACUUCACCGUACCAGCAGCAGCCGCAACAGCAGCAGCAGCAACAGCAGCAGCCAUCCUAUUACCCACAGCAAAACGGUGGCUCGACCUUUGCUCAAACCCCAUACAAUUCUUAUUCGCAGCCCCAGCUGCCCUACUCGCAGGAUCAGACCGAUCUGCUCCAGCAGCAGCAACAGCAGCAGCAGCAGCAUCCUGGAUCCUUCGCUGGCCAGGAUAACAGCUACCGGGGUGCCAGUCCUGGGAUCAUCACCCUGCGCAAGGAGGCUCCAGUCAGCCAGCAGCCUGCGCCAGUCUACACUUCGCAGCCUGCCGCCGUCAGCUAUCAGGGAGGCAGCAAAUUGCGCGGAGAUUUGAAAUGGCCACCACCGGAGUACAAGGAGGCCGCGGCUCGCGAGAACGAGGAACGUCGCCAGUUGGCGUUGGGCCCCGUCUGCCGUCCCAGGAGAGUUAACCGGGACUACACACCCUUCUUUGCCAAGCACCAGUUGAACAAUGGCUAUCCGAGCUACAAGGUGCCACCCGGCACCCAGCACAUUUUCGGCUAAGCUGGAAAGCUGGAAAGGAAAUCAACAACAUGCACAAAUAACAACAGCAGAAAAAUCAAAUGGAACCCACUUCAUAAUAAUACUGAAAACGAUCAUGUAUAUGUUACUAAAACGAAACACUAACGAACCAAACUCUAUAUACAUAUAGGAUAUAUACAAUUGUUAUACUAAUCUUAGAUGACCACUAACGACGCCAUAUAACAUACACAUAUGUUACGAAACGAACCCAUGAUAGGUGAAUGCUACAAUACUACAGCAGGUGUGACUCCAUGGCCAUGAGUCAUCUUCGGUAGUGUCCAAACAAUGGAUGCUUGCUGAUCUCUCGAACAGAAGGCACCCAUUGCGGAUGGAUACGGAUGAUGACUCGUCGUGGUUGUGGAACCCUGAUCCAUAUGCCCAAACGGGGCGAUGGACAACGAUAUUCUCUAUGUAACCAUACUAUAUACACAUAUUUGGAGCAUGUGCAUAUAGUAUGGCUAAGAUAGUAGAGCACAAUUGAAUAAUAAACCAUAUAGCGUUAGAUUUUAAGAUGAUUGUUAAACAUUGUUAACUAGCAAAUGAAAUGAAAUGGAUACGAUGCGACCCAAGACGGAAACUGAUAACGAGAUUGAACCUUGUCUUAGAUGUAAGAGCACUACUAAUCUAUUUAUUGUGAGCAUAUUCUAUUUAAUCGCAGAUCCUGCGAGGAAUCCGUUCGGAGUCAUCCGCUAAAUUAAGACAUGAUGGCCUCCUGGAGAGCAAUCACUUAUUCUUUGGAGCAGUCGUCGCAGGAUUCUCGAUGUUUACUGUUUGAGUUUGCAUGCUUUUUGCUUAUAUCUAUACUAUAUGCACAUAUAUAUAUAUAUAUUUACUUUGACAUUGUUAAACUGCAAAUUAUAAAAAAACCGUCAAUGACCCCCGCUAAGUUAGUUAUACUAGAGACGAAACAUAUCUGUGAGUUCCCAAAAAUGCCAUUCAAGGAUAUAAAAAUCAACGAGCUCGUCUGGAUCGCCCCCGAUUAAGCCCCCACCCAUCCGCUCAAGAUCGGCAUUUUAGUCGGCCCGCUGACCCCGGGUAAUAAUAUGAGGAUGCCUUUGCCCGUCGGACGUGCAGCCGCGGACUCAGUGCCCAGGUCUUGGCGGAUGGGACGGGGAUGUGGCCGGGAGGAGGUCGAGGACGGGCCAACAACUCUCAGACUUUACCAAUUACUAUGACCAGCAAUGUCUAUACCCAACUACACUACGAUGUAUAACUAAUAUGAAAUGAGAAACUAAAUAAACGGCAAGUUUUGAAUACUCGCGACGAGAAGAACUA